UUCUUCCAUCUUCUUCUUUGUUCAUAACCAGAGAAAAUCAAUCAUUCCACGAUCAGAAUCCCACGUUCUCCUGUUCAUUUUCUUCCGCGAUCUUCUUCGGUAAUCUUUUUUGUGAUUAGUCGGUGAGGAUCUUGUUUUUUUUCUUUUCUCUUUCUAUCUGCUUUCUUGGGAGGGGCUUCCUGUGGUUUUUCAUUUCGCUUUGAUUCUAGGGUUUUGAUUUUUUUUUUUUCUGAAUUAGCUGAGAAUCUUUGUUCGAAUUUUAGGUUUUCUGAAACCCUAAGAGUCGUCGGAAUCUUUUGAUUCUUCUGUGUUUAGCGAGUUGAGUUCAAUGGCGGGAUUGACUGAUAAUAACAUGGUCUUCUUGGAGAAGACGAAAUCCUCGACUGCUUCAUCGACAUUCUUUAACCAAUCGUUUACGAUUCACGCAAGACCAGCGGAGUCAAAUUCUAAAUCUCGUUACUACCUUAAUCCGUCUCUCAAUCGUACCACGCGCGUUACCAAAUUCUACAGCCCGAUGGAAUCGAUGGGGAAUUCCCUCAAAGGAAAGGUCAAGAGCCUCUGUAGAUUAUUCGAAGGCUCAAGAUCCUCGAAAUCGAACUCAACAGAGUCACAAUCAACGCUUGCAAAGACGAAAUCGGGGAAGAUUCAGGUACCUGAUUCAAGAAUGCCCCCGUCUUCGAACUUGAACUGCUCGUCGAUUCAACUUCCGGGAACAGAGGAUAGGAUCGUGGUGUAUUUCACUAGUUUACGAGGAAUUAGGCGAACUUACGAGGACUGCUAUGCGGUACGGAUGAUAUUUAGAGGGUUUAGGGUUUUGGUCGAUGAGCGGGAUGUCUCCAUGGAUUCUGCGUGCAGGAAAGAGUUGCAGAGUGUGAUGGGCGAGAAGAAUGUGACAUUGCCUCAGGUGUUCAUCAGAGGGAAGCAUGUGGGUGGUGCCGAUGUGAUCAAGGGAUUGUUCGAGACUGGGGAUCUAGCCAAGAUCCUCGAAGGGCUCCCAGUUAGACAACCUGGGUUCGUGUGUCAAAGCUGUGGGGACGUGAGAUUCAUGCCGUGCUUGAAUUGUAGCGGGGGCAAGAAAGUGUUUGACGAGGACGAAGGUACGAUCAAGAGAUGCCCAGAAUGUAAUGAGAAUGGCUUGAUACGAUGCCCGGAUUGCUACAACUGAGGGAUCAAUCCAGGAAAAUAAGCCCAAAAAACAAGAAAGAAGAGAAAAACAGGUGUGUUUUCAUUGUGGUCGGCAACUAUGUCCUACAAUGCCGGAACCCAAAAAACUCUUUUGGAUCCGAAGCGUUUUGUUUUCGCUGUCCAUGUAUAGAGUUGUGAUCAUCGGUACGAGACCGUUUGAUGAUCAUUAGCUUAGGGGUUUUUUAGCAGCUUUGGCUAUUAAUGUUGAAAUCAAAAUGCCGAAAUGGGUUAUAUAGCAAGCAUUUCUGCUUUGUCUGUGUUUGGUGUCACUGAGACAACUCUGUUCUUUCUUGUAUUCUGAUUUGUAAAUAUUAGUGUGCUUAUAACUCCGUAGCAACUAAUAUGGUUUGAUGAUAUUAAGAAAAUGAAUAAUUGGGUCUA